UAAUUAGAUUUAGGUAGAUAGCUUAAUUAGAUUUAAAUUUAAUUUUUUUUAUUCCAUGUGUAUUUAAAAUAAAUGAAAAAGCCACGUGUAAAUGUUGAGUCAGCAAAAAAUCUGUCAGAUAGGCUAAAAACAUGUGUAGGGACUUAUUCUGAUUAAAAAAACAAUUCCAGGGAUCCGGAAUCGGAAUUUUUUUUUUCAGGGACUUAUUUUAAUACGGGGUACAAUUUCAGGGACCCCUAGAGUAUUUAAGCCUAGUUCAAAAGUGCAAAGUUCUGGAAAGUGGAAACCAGUUCAAUCUGCUAGCUAUAGAGUUGAGAAGUUGGAACUAGUGAGUUUGGGGGAAAUUCAAAAACAGGGAGAAAUGGUGAGUGAAGGAGUGAGUGUAACAGUAGCCAUGGUUACAACUCAGUUCUUGGAUGUGGGCUUGAACACUCUAGUGAAGUCAGCCACCAACAGUGGAAUGAGCAACUAUGUUUUUGUUGUCUACUCAAACCUUUUGGCUCUAUGUUUCCUUCUACCAUCCACCAUCCUCUACCAUAGGAAGAGAGCUCCUCCCCCAAUUCCAAGCUCAAUUCUCUGCAGAAUGUUUCUUAUCUCUUGCCUCAGUACUGCAGUGCAGACUUUGGUGUACACUGGAAUUGGAUAUAGCUCCCCCACACUGGCCUCAGCUGCGGUGGACCUUGUGCCUGCUUUUACCUUCAUACUUGCUGUAAUUUCCAGGAUGGAAAAUCUGAACCUGAAACUGCAUAGGAGCCAGGCAAAAAUUGUUGGCACAGUAGUUUCCAUUGCAGGGGCACUAAUCAUGACUUUAUAUAAAGGGGUGCCGCUUAUUAGGCAAAAUUUAGCAUUGGGAGGACGUGGAGCUUAUCUCUCAGUGCAAUCAGACUGGAUACUUGGUGGCUUUAUUCUUGCAACUGCUAGCUUUUGUGCUUCUGUUAUGUUUAUUGUCAUGACUUGGGUUAUCAGGGACUAUCCUGAAGAACUAGUGUUAACAACCAUUUGUUCUAGCUUGGUGGUGGUCCUAUCUGCUAUAGUUGCUCUAAUUGCUGAGGGUACUUCAAAAGCUUGGAUUCUCAGAUCUGAUAAGGAGUUGAUAGCUGUGUGUUAUUCAGCAAUUUUUGUGGUAUCAAUGCGGGGUGUUGUGAACGCAUGGGCGUUUCGUAAGAAAGGACCAAUUUACGUAGCCAUGUUCAGCCCUUUAGGAAUGGUAAUUGCGGCUGCCAUGGGAGUAGUACUUCUAGGAGACAGUCUUUAUCUGGGAAGCUUGAUUGGAGCUGCUACAAUAGCUAUUGGAUUUUAUGCUGUGAUUUGGGCGCAAGCUCAAGAGGAAAAUGUGCUACAUAUUGAGAGGAAUGAUUUUGCCUCAUCAUCUUCUUCCUCCCCUCUCAUGUCGACCAUAGCCAUAGAUGCAUAGCUGAAAGAUAAAAAUUUAACACACAAGUUAAAUGUUUAUCAUUAUACUAUAUAUUCAACAUUUAAAUUGUAAUGCAAACAUAAAAUUGAUUGAUUAUAAAAUCAAUAUUAAAAAAAUUAUGAAAAAUUACCUUCAA